GCCUCCGAGAUGCGAGUUGCCGCAACUUCUUCGACGGCAACACCAAUCUUGUUCGCCUGGGCGACAUCGUCGUGAUAGAUGACCGUGUGGUCAACCUCUUUUCGGGGCGCCAUCGUAGGCUAAGCGUUCUUGCUUUGGCGAGGAAGACUGUUUCGUAUGAAGUCUCCACAGGUCGGGCUGGAGGCAAAGGGAGACGCUGGUGAACAAACGAGAAGCCCGAGUCUCUGGGUCAGCGGGAUCUCAGGUUGCAGCGGUGCCUUGGCGGAUAUAUAGAGCUUCCCCAACCUCAGCUUUGGGAGCGGGAGAUACGUCCAGGAUGGCUGCUUUCAUCCUGCACUGCUACCCUUCUGGUGCAACACGGAAUGGCCUUCCGAUAGCUGGGCCUCGAACCCUGAAGAGGGAUGCGAUCCCCAGACUCUCAGACGUUCCAACUGGCCAUGUGGUUCACAUGAGAUGCUCCUUGCAGCACGAACCAGUCCAGAUUCACUGCCGAUUUGCCUUCCUUCGCGUCCAGAGUAACCUCUGUAUUUCCCCAAGAUCCACCCAACAGCUCAGACCACAUCGGCUUUGUCCGAUGAUGAUUGGCCGGAGCGGCUGUAGACAUGCAGUUGGAUCAGACCAGCCAUCACAUCCCUCCGGAAUGAGCAUAUUCGGGCUGCUUUCACCCGUGAUGAUUGGCUCGAGACGAACGGCCGGCCGGCUACCCCACACUCCCCGAGCCAAUUUUCCUCAAAUGAUACGACGCCGAGGCAUCUACCCCGGUCGAUCGUGGGUUGUCUGGGGUUAAAGUCGCCUAGGGCCGCUCGACUCUCAUCGUCUCUGAAAGAGGGACUUUCAAAGGCCAGAACAGAUUCUGAUCACCAGCUCAUCAGAGUUUUGUCUUUCCCCCAA